GACCACGUCCACAAGCUUCACGCAGUCCCAACAAAACGAUGAAGCUUUAGUGCGCGGCAGCCGAUCGCCUUUCUCUAGUUUUUCUUUUCUGUUUUCCACUUUUUUUUUUCUCGCUUUUUACGCACAAACUUCACUUGUUGCGCACCAAGAAAAAAAAAAGUCUCCUGCCACGUUUUGCGGGUCGGUGGGUGGUUGAGCUGCUUCGUGUCGUCCUCCCCUCUCUGUCAGGACGGAUUUCUCCUCUUAAAGUUUGGCUGUUAGUUUGUUUUUUUUUUUUUCUGCGCUUUUUUUGUUCGAGGAGGAGUAAAAGUGCGCAGAAAGGCAGAAUGCUGCUGCCGCUCCUCAGCCUGGCCUGCGCUCUCUGCUGCUCCGGCUUCACCUCCGUCUCUGCAAACGUGCUGCAAGCUGAGGCUUGGCUGCAGCAGUAUGGCUACCUGCCUCCAGGUGACGUCAGAGCUCAGGCCAUCCGCUCGCCGAAGGCCAUCAAGACGGCGAUAGAGGCCAUGCAGAGGUUUUACGGUCUGACCGUCACCGGCUCCAUCGACACCAACACAAUAGAGGCCAUGGGACGGCCGAGAUGCGGCGUCCCCGACAAGUUCGGCCCGGAGCUGAAGACCAACCUGAGGAGGAAGCGAUACGCGGUGCAGGGCCUGAAGUGGGACAAGUCCGAGGUCACGUUCAGCAUAGAGAACUACACCCCCAAGGUGGGCGAGCGGGCCACGUUCGACGCCAUCCGAAAGGCCUUCAGAGUGUGGGAGAGCGUCAUCCCGCUCACCUUCAGAGAGAUUCCCUUCAGCCAGAUCCGAGGCAAAGUCGACAAGUACGCAGACAUCAUGCUGUCCUUCUCAGAAGGCUUUCACGGGGACAGCACGCCCUUCGACGGCGAGGGCGGCUUCCUGGCUCACGCCUACUUCCCCGGCCACGGCAUCGGGGGAGACACGCACUUUGACCUUGCCGAACCCUGGACCACCGGCCCUGAAGAUCAGGGAGGGAAUGACGUUUUCCUGGUGGCCGUCCACGAGCUGGGCCACGCUCUGGGCCUGGAGCACUCCAACGACCCCUUGGCCAUCAUGGCUCCCUUCUAUCAGUGGUUCGACACCGAAAACUUCCAGCUGCCCGACGACGACCGCAGAGGCAUCCAAGCAAUUUACGGAUCAAAGUCAGGCGUGCCACCUCCUCCCCCUCGUCCGACGAAGAAGUCCAACCCUGACCGGCCCGAUCACGGCCCAGACAUCUGCGAGGGACACUUCGACACCAUCGCCAUCCUCAGAGGGGAGAAGUUUGUCUUUAAGGACAAGUGGUUCUGGCGUGUGCGUAACAACAAAGUGCUGCCAGGCUACCCGAUGCCCAUCGGUCACUUCUGGAGGGGCCUUCCUUCAAACAUCAACGCCGCCUACGAGAGGGACGACGGCAAAUUUGUCUUCUUCAAAGGGGACAAAUACUGGGUCUUCAGCGAGUCCGCCAUAGAGAAGGACUCUCCCAAGAGCCUCAGGGAGCUGGGCAGCGGUCUGCCCAGGGACAAGCUGGACGCCGCCCUCUUCUACACGCCGACGGGACAGACGUUUUUCUUCAGAGGCACACAAUAUUACCGUUUCAAUGAGCAGACCCGCAGAGUGGACAGCGAUUACCCAAAACCCAUCAGCACGUGGAGCGGCGCUCCGGACAACAUCAAGGCUGCCUUCAUGAGCGAAGACGGAUCCUACACCUACUUCUACAAGGCCAACAAGUACUGGAAGUUCAACAACCAGUACAUGAAGGUGGAGUCCGGCUACCCCAAGUCGGUGCUGAGCGACUGGAUGGGCUGCGAGAGCGAGGAGCCCAAGAAGGGCCGCACGGAGGUGAUCAUCAUCGACGAGACGGGCGGCGGUGCCGGCCCGGUGGCCGUGGUCAUCCCCCUCCUGCUGCUGGUGCUGGUGGUGCUCACCCUGGGGGCCGUCCUGUUCUUCAGGAAGUACGGCACGCCCCGGCGCCUCCUCUACUGCCAGAGAUCCCUCCUGGACAAGGUGUAGACUGAGCCGACGGGCGGCUGGCAGGCCGCCGCAGAGGGGAGGAGGAGGAGGAGGAGGAGGAGGAAGGCAACGAGGGCCGGACGAAGGAACGAGGAGGGAGGGACUGGAGAGGAGUCGGAGGGAGACUGUUUCGGUUUGGUGUGGUUUGUAAGUGCCACGAAAGAGAGAGCGAGAGAACCAAGGCCCUGGAAACUGAAAUCAGGAAAAAUGUAUAUUUGUAUGUUAGCUAUUUACUUUUCUGCGUUCAGAGGUGGAGACCUCGUUUACGGGACAACAUUUCAAGUGGAAACGCAGCGGUUUUUUGCGUUUUCCUUUCAGGGAAUUUUACCUCGUUCCCGCGGAGUCGGGGCGCUUUUGAAAAGUUCCACCACGGUGGCUCCGAGCGCCGUCCCGAAACGCAACUAGAAUGUUUUGCGUUGUCACUUGAAAUGAUUGUCGUGUAAACGGGGCCUGAGAACAAAACCCACGUCUCACAUCGGGAACAAAGACUCGUCACUCCUCGGCAACAGCGUCCUUCCGACCUCCCCCCCGUCACAUCCCAGGUAUCAACAAAAAUUUUAAAAACAAGCAUCUUUUUCUUUUUAAACUGGACGACUCCAGCUGAACUGCUGUCUGAUUUCAACUUUCUCCUUUGAGGACUGUGUUUCUGAUCGACGUCUCACUGCCAAAUCCAUCGUCUUUGAAAUGCGUUUACUGUCAGAUCCAUUGGGUUUUUUAUUUGGUUGCUCUGAAUUUCAUAAGUGCCUGAGAGUCCAUUAUUUUCAGUUCAUUUUCAAGACAAAACAUCAGUAGAUAUUCUUCAUUUGAUUGUUUUGGCACAUCUGUAUUUUUGUACUACUAAAACAACUUAAAAUGCUAAAUUAAUUGAGACAGAGUCCAUAAUCCUUCAUAGUCCCACUUUAAAGCAUCUUUUUUUUUUCCAAUAAUUUACUUGAAAUGUUACUUUUGUAGGAACGGCGUUUACAUUUUCACAACUUUGCUUCACUUUUUAGCAGAAAAAGGGAACUUUAAUUGGGAAAAAUGUUUGUAUUUCUUGUUUUCAGUAUCGAUAUAUGUCGGUAUCUUAAAAUCUGAACUGUUUCCCCCUCCCUGCUGGUAAAAGUCCUCCUCGUUUGGUGUAACUUUGCUGUAGAUUGAACAGGGCUGUGUGUGAUGCAGUAAUGCUAGAUGGAGAAAAGAAAUGUUGGUUUAUGACUGAUGCAAACUUAAAAAAAAAAAACACACGUGCACAGGAACAGUACGUCACCUUUCACCUGAGGCUGCUGGAGUCCAGUUCAUCAUGAAAAAAAACCACACACACACACACACACACACACACACACACACACACACACACACACACACACACACACACACACACACGCACAC